AUGGGGAACGAUACACGAGCUGUUUACUUGGAGAUGACGGCAGCUGAGAUUUUAAGCGAAGGCGGUGAACUGAGACUUUCUAGGGAUGUGAUGGAACGAGUUCUUGUUGAUCGUCGCGCAUAUGAAGGGAAGAAAAUCACUAAUAUGAAAGAUAAAUCAGUUAGGGCUCAGAUGGAGUUAGUUGUAAAUCAAGCGAAAUAUUGUAGAAUUCACUUAGGUAACCCCGAUAUGUUCGCCGAUUCCCAAAGAGAUAAAUCGAAUGUUUCUCCAUUGUUGCCUUUGAUUUUCUCUGAAGUUUCUAGUUCAAUUGAUACUUUUGGUGGUGGUAGUAGUGGUGGUGCCUCUUCUCCUCCUGGUUUUUUGGAUGAGUUGUUUAGGGAUUCCGAUUACGAUUCCAUGGAAACGAUCUUGAAGCAAUUGUAUGAGGAUUUAAGAGGGGCUGUACUCAAAUGUUCUGCUCUUGGAAACUUUCAGCAGCCAUUGAGGGCUUUGAUGUACUUGAUAAGUUUUCCACUGCUCUUUCCAAAUCCGCUAGAUAUCCGGUCCCAAAUCGUCACCCCUUUCUUUAUUUUUUCGAUAAUAGAGUUGGCUAUUUCUGUGGCGUCAUCUCCCGAAGGCAGCGGCGACGAGGAUGAAGCUAGCAGAGGUCGGCGAUGCAGGUGGGUGUCGUUCGCAAAGAGAAAGGGCGGUGUUGGAGACCCCGAACAAAACAUCGACUCUUUGAAGGAAACGGUGGAAGGAGAUGGGGUUGAGGGGAUGUAG